CCACCGCCGCCACCGACCAAAGACCCACCGGAGAAAAUGCACCGCGCCGGCUGGAUGCGCGUUCGCAACGCAUUCAAGCCGGCGGCUGUGCGCCGGCAGAGCACCAAGGCGAGCGUCGGCGACGGCGGCGCCAAGGCGGGCAUCGGCGACGGCGGCGAGCCUCUGCACACCAAGGGCGGCGGCGGCGGCGAGGCCGGGAAUGGUUCUGGCGAGUCCACGGAAGGCCCACCCGUCGUCAUCCCCGGGACCCUCGCGGGCAUCGCCAUGUGGAUAGAAGGUACUAUGUGCGAGAACGUCGAAGGCAUGGGCGAGGACCUGGCAGAAGCAGUCGGAGAUUUCAUCAAGGACGCGCCGUACGCAACGGAGGGGAUGGUUGGGUACGUUGCUCCCGCUUCCCUUCCACAGAAGGAGGUCCCCGAGCCGCCAAACUGGGCCGACUUCUCCGCCUAAUAUCUUCCGCCCGAGACUGCUAGUAUCGUCGUAGUUAUAUGUAUCCAUGUUAUCCGUUUAGGUUUUCAUAUCUGAGUAUCUGGUGUAAGAAAUGCAGUAGCUAUCGGGUACUAUCUUACCUUAUGCCUAUCUUGAAGAAGUGGUGUUCGUUGAUGUGAGCAAAAUGGAUAUCCUGGGGACUCAAAUCAUUGUAUCCGGCAGAACUUCUUGAGGAAGCAUAUAUAAUAUAUUAGUAAGGUUGGAUUGGGUGUGAUUC